GUCGGAAAAGGGUUGUUUUGCAGCGGCAACUCGUAAGACCCGCUCUCCUAUUCGACUCUAGUCGCACCAUUACAGAUUCCGGGAUCAACAUUUCAACUAUUUUCAGAAAAUAAUACUUCGCUAGAACGUAAAUUGAAAUGCAUUCGCCUUACUUCCCGUUUUUUGAAUCCUAUCCUCAAUGAAAUGAAGAGAAAACAAACAAAUGCUACCCUAGAGGUAGAGAACGCAGUGUGCGCUGGUGGAUAUGCGCCUUAAACCUGCCGCUCGUGAGUUGUUAGUCAAAGACCCGCAGCCGCUGUUGGCAAAUCCUCCGACGUCCGUCCUUGAGUGCCGUGGAUUCCUUGUUGCAUCGUGUGACCAGGCCAGGAUUGCAGCCGAGGCAGCGGCCAGCAGGCACCGGGAAGAUGGUCAGCGAUUGGCAGAAGCACAGGAUCAUCCGGGAAUUCCUCAUACCGGACGAGCUCAAGGACGACAUCGCCUACUGCCAGAGAUCGUUGCGUUCGUUCGUGAAAGUGCAUCAGUAUCUUACGGAGCGAUGCAAGGAUCUACAGGAGGAGCAGCAAACGUUGGUGAAACGGUACCAACAGGAGCUGGAAGCCGAGAUACGGGCCAUCGGCAAGGAGCAGAGUGUGCUGGUGGACAAUCUAACGCAGCAGUUAAAGGUCUUCCAGCACCGUACGGCUACGGAGCGACACAUCGAGCUCGCCGAUGACCUUGCGAAUGGAUACGUCGCGUGGGUUUUGUCGAACCAUUGUGAGGUGAACGGUGCUACCGGUAUGUGCCAGCCACCGCACAAGGUUUCGGAACGGUUAAGCGAAUGGCAGCUCUACCAAAAGUAUCGGCUCCCCGAUACUUUAAUCCCCGUUUUGCCAUCAAUCGAAGAUGGCUCUGCGGCACCAGAGGAAGGUGGUAAACGGGCGGAGAAGCGGAUCCGCACGCGGCCAGUAUUGCAGACGUCACUGCUGAAACCGGCAACGGAACGGACCGCUACACCCGAAACCGUCAUCGCUAAACCCAAAGCCGCCGAUUCCCUCACGCCACCGGUCACACCGCCUUCCCCAACCCAAUCCGUCCAACGAUCGCCGUCUUCUAGUGUGUCUAUGGCUGUGAAAACGGUCGCAGCAACCCCAGCAGGCGGUGGAAGCAAUAAACGUAAAGCGAUCGAAAGCUCCUCGGCGAUGGUCGAAAGUAAAACACUUCGUUCUCGGGCGACGACUAACGUCGUUGGUGGCCCGGCCAAGGGAGGAAAGACUGUGGAACCGGUGGAAGAUACGGAACCGGGAGAUACCUUUGACGAUUCGUCCGCAUCAUCGGUGGCAACGGUCGACGGAACUGUCGCUAUGAAACGAGGCCGUAGCUCUCUGUACCACGCGCUGAACAAGGCCAAGCUGACACAGAAAACGAGCCCUCCAAACUCGGCGACGAAAGGCAAUCGUGGUGUGGCCACCGCCGCCAACACCAUAGCUGGUGGUGCCAAUGGCAAUGGGCGUGGCAGCGAAACAGCAGCCAGGGCUACGUCUGUAUCGUCCGAUUCCUCAAACUCACGCUCAUCUACGCCUGGUUCAUCACGUAAGGCUGUUGCUACGGAACCACCGGUCACGUCGGAUGAUUCCUCGAACGAACGAUUCUUACCACCGGAAGAUUACUGUCCCCCGCCGGACACAAUUCACGAGUGGGAACAGUACACGUUCCUGAAGCUGUACGGACUGUACACGCUCGAGGACAGCCGCCUGCUGAAGGAGCGCAAAAAUGAACGCAAACGGCGCAGCUGUUGCAGUACCGAGCGAAAGGAUUUCCACUACGGUCGCUACGAUCAGUUCGAGCAGCAAUACUACGUGCUGAGCAAGCGGCGUACUAACGGGAAUAAACGGCCUGCCCUGCUCUACACGGCUACGACGGUUGCCGAAAGGUGUAUGAGUCACCGGAAGCAACAGCAGCAGCAACGUACUGGUGCAGGAUCAUGGUCGACAACUAGCACAGAACCGUCUCCACUGUUGGCCUCGUCGCCGGAAGACGCUGCCGCAGCUGUCGUAGCACCCACGUCUCGUUCGGAGUCCCCAGCAUCUGAGCCACAGGUGACCGACAGUUCGGUGGCGGUGCUGGAACUGAACAACAAAAUGUGCUUCGUCUGCAACGAACCCGGAACCAACGAUAGCCUCAGCACUUGUGUGGAGUGCUGCAACACUUACCACAUCAACUGCCACACGGAUGAGAAGGAAGAGACGCUUGAAAAGACAUUACCAGCACCAGCAGUUUUGGCGUCGCCUGCUGAGGAUAAUACAGAUGUUGCUGACGACGGUACUGCUGGCGCUGCUGAUACUGAGGCUACUGCCACCGAGGGCAGCAGCGCGAUCGAUGAUAAUGCGGAGCAGAUACUGCCACCGCAGCGGGACAAUCUUUGUCCAGGUUGUUUCAAGAUAGCGGCCCACAAAGCGCAGCUUCGGGUAGCAUGAGCAUGAUGAUGAUGUUUGUUUGUCACAGUAAUUACAAGAGGCCUAUACUAGAGGAGCAUACGAAGCUCAUGAUUCCCGUUUUAGUUAGUGAAUUGUUAGAAACAAAUGAGAAAGGACCAUCGGAGGGACCCACCCAGCAUAUGAUUAACCUCGGAAGGGUUCCCCUUUCCCCCUUAGGUGCAAUGAUUUAAAUAAAUAUUAACAAAACAGAAAUGGAAACGCGCAGCCCGGUUCC